CACUGCUCGCAAAAUGUUGCAAACGAGAUGCAAAACGGAACACGAAUUUGUCGAUAGGGUUUACCUUUAAAUAAAUAAUCGUAUUCGUCGUCCCGAGUGCCCAUCUCGUCUGAAGUAAUAAACCUCUUUUAGCAGACUGACGGACGGUAUCUAGAUCUAUCAGGGGUACACUGCUACGGUUCUAUAAUUAUUUACAAAAAUCCAGGAGCCUUGUAUUGGGCCCUGUACACUGUUGCUUCUCGCGGAAUAAACGGCUGACACCGUUCUGAACGUACACGGUAAAAAUACGAAACGAAACAGGUACGACUACACGAUGAUAUAAUUAUUUUCGUUCUUUCAAUUUAACUGUACAAUAUGGCCUCCUUUCUACGCCCCUCCAAACUGAUGAAUUACACAUGCGCAAUGCGCGUCUGUCUUACGCACGCGCAAAUCGGACACGAACUACGCAAAUCAUAGAUUGACAGUCGAAUGAUAAAUAUUGGAUUGAUUAUUUUAUUGCAAAAAAAAGAAGAAGAAAUUAUUUUAUGUGAGAAAUAUUAUACGCGAAUGAUUUGAUUUGUGUCUGUGUUAUCGAUUCGAAUUAAAGUAAUCGAUACUUGCGGGACUGUCCGAUGUCUUUCAUGGAAACUGAUUUUCAUGAAACCAUACCAUCGGAUUUGGAUCUUGAUGAUCCAAGAUUCAGGAUUAAACCUUAUCAACAAGUCAUUGCAUCAUGCACUGGUGCUUUCAUUACAUCUGUAUUUGUUACUCCUCUGGACGUGGUAAAAAUUCGCCUUCAAGCGCAACAGAAAGCUAUGCUUUCUAAUAAAUGUUUUCUUUAUUGCAAUGGUCUAAUGGAUCAUUUGUGUCCAUGUGCAAAUGGUAGAGGACCAACGUGGGCUAAAGCAAAUGGAAAGUUUAAUGGCACAGUGGAUGCCCUCGUGAAAAUUAGUCAAAAUGAAGGAAUUUCAUCCUUGUGGAGUGGUCUAAGUCCGACGCUUGUUCUAGCAGUACCUGCAACUAUAGUAUAUUUUGUUUCAUAUGAACAAUUAAAAUUAUAUUUUAAGGAUCAGUAUAAUAAACGAUUUAGGAAUGAAAAUAGUGCCGUGAGUAUAGAGCAACCACUAUGGAUUCCUAUGUUAGCUGGAAGUACGGCACGCGUCUGGGCUGCAACUUUGGUCAGUCCAUUAGAAUUAAUUAGGACCAAAAUGCAGUCGCAAAAAUUAAGUUAUGCAGAAAUAAUGCAAACGCUGAAAACUGUUGUAAGGCAGAGCGGUAUCUCUGGAUUAUGGUUGGGAUUGAGUAGCACUCUUCUACGUGAUGUACCUUUUAGCGCAAUUUACUGGUUAAAUUACGAGGCUAUAAAACAAAGAUUUUUUGGACUACACCAAACUUUUACUUUUAACCUUAUAGCAGGUGCUAUAGCGGGAUCAUCAGCUGCGUUUGUAACGAUACCCUUUGACGUGGUAAAAACGCACAGACAAAUAGAAAUGGGAGAGAAAGCAAUAUAUUCAGAUAAGCCUGGACAUAGCAGCAAAUCCUGGUUCAUAAUAAAAAAGAUUUACACUCAGAACGGUGUAAAGGGCUUGUUCACAGGAUUGAUUCCACGAAUAAUAAAGGUGGCUCCAGCCUGUGCAAUAAUGAUCGCGACUUUCGAACACGGUAAACGAUUCUUCCAGACGUACAAUGCCUCGGUAAUACUUGAACGUGAAAAUAAUUUACAGUAUCUACAACACAGAAACAAUAGCGACAAAUGAAAUGUAUAUUUUCUAACAUAACAUAAAAAAUAUAUUUAAA